UUGCGAAAGCAGCUACGUCAGAACGUAUCGAUUGUAAGGCGCGGUGGUUCACGCAUGCGCAUGUGAAGCAUUUGCGAUUCCUACUUUUUUAACGUAAACAGUCCUUUCUCGUUCAAACGGCCUUUAGUAUCAACGAUAUAUUUUCUUUACCCGAAUUUGUAACUUGUUUCUUUUGAUUUUUUUUUAUAUCUACUUAAAAUCAAAUAAUUGAGUAACGAAACAUUCGGAAAUCUUUGUGCAUUUAUAUCAUCAUACAGAUAUAUGCCCGGUUCUUACUCGAAAGAACGGUCAGUUACGUCGAAGCAACAGAUUGUUAUGUGAACAAGGAAACCGGUGCGUACAGGAAUGUAAUUUACCGUGAACAGACCGGAAAAAGAAGAUAAAUUCCGGUGAUAGAUAUCAAAAACGUAGAUUGUUGAAUAAUAAAAUGGUUCAUGUGGAUGGAUAUAUUCCUUUUUCAACUGGUGGCCUACCGAAAAGUCCAAGCUUCCACCAGGGACUUGCCUUGGCUACUGCUCUAUCUCGAGAAUCGAAUAAACCUUACUUAACCAACUUCACUUCGCAUUAUCAACCAUUACGACCCCUAUUAAUCGAAACGCAACAAGGAAACGAAAGGGAAGAACUUUUCAUCCAGAAAUUACGUCAAUGUUGCGUGCUGUUCGAUUUCGAGUCCGAUCCCCUUUCGGAUUUAAAAUGGAAAGAGGUAAAGCGUACCGCUCUGAACGAAAUGGUCGAAUAUGUCACCAAGAACAAAAAUGUGAUCACGGAAGCGAUAUAUCCUGAGGCAGUGAAUAUGUUCGCAGUGAAUCUUUUUCGCACUCUUCCUCCAUCAUCAAAUCCAAACGGAGCUGAAUUUGAUCCGGAAGAGGAUGAGCCAACAUUAGAAGCGGCCUGGCCUCAUUUACAGCUAGUUUAUGAAUUUUUCUUACGAUUGCUUGAAUCUCAGGAUUUUCAACCUUCUAUCGCUAGACGUUAUAUAGAUCAAAAGUUUGUAUUGCAACUUUUAGAGUUAUUCGAUUCGGAAGAUCCACGAGAAAGAGAUUUUUUAAAAACAACGCUUCAUAGAAUUUAUGGAAAAUUUUUGGGGCUCAGAGCGUAUAUUAGAAAGCAAAUAAAUAAUGUUUUUUAUCGAUUUAUAUACGAAACCGAGCAUCAUAAUGGUAUUGCUGAACUUCUUGAGAUUUUGGGAAGUAUAAUCAAUGGAUUUGCAUUACCAUUAAAAGAGGAACAUAAAGUAUUUUUAUUGAAGGUGCUUUUACCUUUACAUAAAGCUAAAUCGCUCUCUGUAUAUCAUCCCCAAUUGGCGUAUUGCGUGGUUCAAUUUUUGGAGAAAGAUCCGUCGUUAACUGAACCUGUUAUUAGAAGUCUGUUGAAAUUUUGGCCAAAAACACAUUCUCCGAAGGAAGUAAUGUUUUUAAAUGAACUCGAAGAAAUUCUUGACGUGAUCGAACCUGCGGAAUUCCAAAAAGUUAUGGAUCCGUUGUUUAGACAAUUAGCAAAAUGUGUAUCAUCUCCGCACUUUCAGGUCGCUGAAAGAGCUUUGUAUUACUGGAACAACGAAUACAUAAUGUCACUUAUAUCGGAUAAUUAUUCAGUCAUUCUACCAAUUAUGUAUCCAGCAUUCUAUAGAAAUUCCCGAAAUCAUUGGAACAAAACUAUUCAUGGUUUAAUCUAUAAUGCAUUAAAGCUUUUUAUGGAGAUGAAUCAGAAAGUAUUCGACGAGUGUACUCAACAGUAUUAUCAGGAUCGACAAAGAGAAAGAAAACUUAUGAAAGACAGAGAUGAAGCGUGGAUGCGCGUUGAAGCUCUGGCAAUGCGACAUCCAAAUUACAAUGCGACUAUAAAAGGUAUUACGAAUACAACAAUUGGUACAAUAUCGCAACAACAAUUAGACAGUCCUCCGCCCGAUGAAGAUGGUGAUACAGAUCAGACACCACUUACAUUGGAAAAAAUAGAAGCGAAAGCAAAUGAGGCAAAAAAAAUGACAAACUCUAAUAAAACAAAGCCACUUUUACGAAGGAAAAGCGAUUUACCCCAAGACACGUAUACAAUGCGGGCAUUAUCUGAUCAUAAACGUGCAGACGAAUAUCUCGUUACGCCACCGGAUCCUAAUAAUUGCUAGUCUCUACCGCAAUCUCUUCCCAUGUAUCCUCUCUUUUGCUGCAGUGAUUUUGGGAGUUAGCUUUUUCGAAGAGAGAACUAAAACAGCGAUGAGUCGAAUCUAAUCAAGCGAUCAUCACAUUCGACGAUAACCGCCUGCAACAGAGUUUGAUCAUAUAGAGAAGUCAACAAUGUCGUAAUCCAAUCUUCCCUACCCUUCGUCUUGUAUCAAUAUUAUCGAGAUAUAUAUUCUAAUAUUUUUCUUCGUAUCUCGAUAAAUGAAAAAAAAAAAAAAAAAAGCUUUCUCUCACUGCACCCAGCACAUUCGGAAGAUGUAUCCAUGUCCGUAGUAAUCUAUAAAAAGAAAAGAAUGCUGAUAACUUCCUAUAUACUCUUUGAGUUUAUUUACAUAAGAUAUCGCGAGAAUUAUGAAAAUAUUACAUACUCGCUAUCAAAGAAAUUAAAAUCAUGAGAAAUGUAAAAGAAACCUAGAGAAUAAGGGUCCUAAGUGUGUACAUAUAUAUAUAUAUAUAUAUAUAUACACACGCGCGUGCGCGCGCCCAUACACAACAUACACAUACAGAUAUUUUAUAAAUUGUAGAUUUCUUGCAUAUGAAGAAAUCUAUCGCUGACAAUAAGACAAUUUUUUCAUAUUCAUAAAUACGCCUUUACAUUUUCAAAUUAUUCUAUUAUUCCAUGUAUAAAAGAUAUUUAUUGUUUAGAUUAAUACAUACGCAAAGUCUUGAAUUUAAGUUUCAGACAAUUUGUCUUUAAAGAUCCAAAGAUUCAAUUCAAUAAAAGAGGUUGUUUUGCUUUUGGCGGUUGAUUUUCUUCAUAUUAUAGAAAUUUAUGAUUUACCGAACACCAUUUGCAUAGGAUAUAUUGCCAUGAGUGAAUAAAAAUUUAUUACUUUGAUUUUGGGAAUAAUUUUGGCAUUUUAUUUAGAAGAAUUAAAAUUAAUUACUUAUUUAUAUUUUAU